AUGAUUGGAGUGAUACUACCUGUAUAUAUAUCAUCAGAUGGUGAUGAUGGAGUAUGUUCAAGACAGUUACUACACUUUAAACAAGCAGUGGAUAGUAUAUUGAAUCAAUCAUAUACAAAUUGGUCAUUGUUGAUUGUGGAUGAUGGUUCACAUAAUGAUCAACUCACUCAAUCAAUUCAAUCUUAUGUGGAGAGUGAUCAACAACAACGUUGUUCAUACAUAGUCAAUCAAUCUAAUAUAGGCAUUGUUGAGAGUCUCAACAGAGGCAUUACACAUCUCCUCCAACAAUCACCACUCAUCAAGUACAUCGCACGGAUGGACUCUGAUGACAUUGCCGAGAUUGAACGAUUCGAACGACAACAGCAACAUAUGGAGAUCAAUCAACAUAUUGAUGUACUUGGCACCCCUGUCACAAUGUUCUCAGACGAUUGUCAUGAUAAUACAAGGGAUAAUACAAGGGUGGUUGCACAUCCAUCAGGUCGCGAUAUAGUGUCAUGGUCAAUGUUCCUCAACUGCUGUCUAGUACAUCCAUCUGUCAUGGUUAGGAGACGAGUGUUUGAAAGGUACCAAUACUCAAACAAGUAUGCACAUUGCGAGGACUAUGCUUUAUGGCUCAGGUUAUUGUCCAAGGGAUACCAUCUUGAUAAUAUGCCUGUUGGUACACCACCCCUGCUAAGGCUGAGGAAACAUCCCGCUUCAAUAUCCAAACGCAAUGCCUCGAUACAAAGAGCUAGUGCAGCCAAUGCAUCAUUACACUAUCUUCAAAAGUUAUCAAGUCGUAACAAUCAUGACAUCAUCAAGGAAUCAACUAAUUCUAGGAUGGGAGAGUUGAUGGCAUUAUUCCUUUCCAAGUGUCCAGGCGCACCCAAUACCAGUACUCUUUGGUCAAAAUGGCUAAAGAGGAAUCCAACAGCUCAGAUCUUCUCAUUGCUCUCGCUCUCAAACCAAGGCAGCCCCACAUUUCCACUCAUCCCCAACUCAAGCACUCAAUCAUCAAUGACCAAGAUCAAACCGAGCGAAUUGAACAUUGGCGUAAAGAUAAUAUGUUUCUCCAAAGACCGUGCCUUUCAGUUGGGCGAGUACUUGAGGACAUUCUACAAGUACAAUCAAGAUGACCAGACGACAUUCCCAUUGCAGAUGACCAUCCUCUAUACGUAUUCAAAGGAGACAUAUGGACAGAGUUACGCGGAAUUGUUCACUGCCUAUCCUCAAGUUCACUUUAUCAAGGAGACAGACUUUACAACACAACUUCGUGAAUUGGUCGAUCGUCCCAAGUACAGAUACACUGUGUUUGGAGUGGAUGAUAUACUUUACUACAAUAACUUCACAUUACAAACUUAUUGUGAGCGAUUGGAUCGACAUCCAGAUGCCAUUGGUUACUUCAUCAAGUUGAACAAAUCAAUCAAGUAUUGUCACACGGCCAAUGAGCCUAUCGAUGUACCAACAUCACUCAAACAGUUGGAGGAUAGCAAGGGCACUUAUAUUCAAUGGGAUCGAUUGGAUGGAUCAAAGAGAGACUGGAACUAUCCAUGGGACAUGUGCUCAACAGUGUACAGGAGCGAGACAGUCAAACACAUCAUUGACGCCAUCAUCAAGUACUUGGGCAUCAAGACUGGCAUCAGCCAUCCCAAUCGUCUAGAGGCCAAUGGCAAUCGAGUGAUCAUUCGUAAACAAUACGACAGUCAAUGGCCAAUGUGCCUGGGCGAGUGUGAUCACAUAAUGUCAAUGAUAACAAUCAAUCGUGUACAGGAUGUCUAUGCCAACCCUGUAUAUACCACCACCGGUGGUGAUGCCAAUGAUCUCGCCCUACCGACACUGGAUGAAUUGGAUCAGCUUAUGCAUCAAACUCCACCACUACACCUGGAUGACGAUCAAUAUCAUUCCAAGCGAUCAACAUUCACUAGUUGUCAUAUUGGCGAUUACUUUAUA